AAAAUUAACAAAUUAAGUAUGAAAUAGUUUUUUAAUUGAUUCACGAGUUACGUAAUGAUUUCAAAGGAUUAAUUUAUCAGAAAUUUAUCAAAAGUUCCAAUAUUGACAAGUCAAGAAACCAUAAAUUACUGAAAUACGUUGUUCGUUUUUACUACAUUUUGAGUUGUUUUACCGUUUUACCGGUUGUAACGUUGCAUUUAUGCAGAAACUUCUGAUAAUUUGGCGACAACUCCUCUUUAAUUAAUCAUGGCGGAGGUGACCCGUUCCAACUUUGAGGAUUUGUUACCAGAAAUUAAGAGCCGGAUGAGAACAUGUAAUUUCAUCAGUUUGGAUGCCGAAUAUACCGGCCUGCACCCGGAAGACAUUAAAGAUAAGAACAGUUUAUUUGACACUCCGGAUCAAAGAUAUGUAAAGCUGAGGGAUAAAGUUGUCUCAAAAUUUGCAAUUUGUCAAAUUGGUCUCGCCUUUUUCGAACGGUCGGUCGAGAACGAGAAGGAGCAUAUGGUCAACGCUUACAACUUUUUCGUCUUCCCCGUCUCAUUCGAUGCUUAUGCGAAAAGGGAAAUAAUUUCGUCGCAAGUUUCCUGUAUCAACUUUUUGACCAAGAAUGACUUUGACUUCAACAAGUAUUUUAAACAAGGUGUCCCAUAUCUGAAUAAGGAAAAGCUCGAAAGUGUUCGGAAAUAUUUGGACGUAAAUCGUCACUUUAUGCACACCUGCGAAGAUCUCGACCCUCAUUAUUUUCCUAAGAGGAUCGAAUUUCUGUCGGAUAAGGACAUCAACGAGAUUAUUGACCGGUUGGAAGGAUUUUCAAAAGUUGUAAAACUUAUGCAAGAGUUCAAAAAGCCAAUCGUCGGGCAUAACAUGUUGUUGGAUAUUAUGCUCCUUUAUCACCAGUUUGUACAAGAACUGCCUUCCGACUAUUUUGAAUUCAAGAAACAAGUUCACGACCUAUUUCCUAGCGUGUUUGACACCAAAGCCACGGCCUAUGGGAUCGCAUCUCUUCGCAGGAAUCAGGACCCAGACGAUCACAUUUUAUCCGACACCAACCUCUUUGCAUUAUAUUCUAAUGUAUCAGCCCUCCUUCAAAAUACGUCGCAACCGAUAAUUAUCCCUGAGAACGAUACAUACGCUUACCACGAGGCCCUCGUUCUCGGGAGGACAACCAACUUGGAGACGGGAGUUAAAACGGCAAAGUGUCACACUGCGGGAUUUGAUGCUGUUGUAACGGGGGUUGUUUUUCUGAAAUUGGGAUUCUUGGCAGCCCGUCCCCGCAUUUUGCCAGAUUACCGACAAUUGCCUCAUCCCACUCUGACAGAGAUUUUUAAGCGUUUGUCCAGUUGGAAGGAUGAAAUCAAUAUAGGGCGAUGCAUCAUACCAAACAUUCAUCUCUCCCAACCUGACCCUAUUUCGAAAAGACCAGACUGGAUAAAGGUGCACCCUAUUCCUGGGCAUACUUUCGUAGAUCCUGUUGCCUUGCGAGGAUUGAUGGUAAAGUAUGGAGAUUUUGAAAUACAAGUCAUCACACAAGGUGAAGUCAUAAUUGCAUGUGGCGGCAUUGGCUGUCAUCGGAGGGUGCUAAGGGAUCUAGAAAGCAAAGGAUAUCGCAUCUCCACGGUCAAAAAGCCAACAAGCUCGUCGGAAAUAUGGAGCUGUGCAGCUCGUUGUGGAACUGCUUUCUUUGUGCUGUCCAUCGCUUUCCUGCUCUACUACAGGAGAAGGUGAAAGAAAUUUCAAGUGCCAAAUUAUCUAAUUGAACUUAGAGUCGUUGUAUCUGUGAUGAUUACAAUAUUUUAUUUUAAGUAACUGUACGAUGCAUCUUUUCUCAAGAGUUGCAAUAUAAAUUAGAGGUCAAUUUAUGCUCAACAAUGAUGCUUAAGACAAAUAACAUUGACAGGCAUAUUAGACAAUAUGUAUUUGUUUUAUACAUACAUUACAUGUACGAUCUAGUGAUUGAUCACAUUUUUUGUGUACGAUCUGGUGACUACUAGUCACUGACUAGUGCGAUAUACAUUUGUGACAUUUUGUGAUUGUUUUCUCAAUAUUAAAUCAAAUCAAUCAACAGCAGCAAA